GCGCACUCGCGAGAUUCCGAUCAAAUUCCCCAUUUUGCCCCUCGCAAAGCUCUCCUCCAACUCUCAGAUGUCCCUAACCCUAACCCCGCCUCCUCCUCCUCCGUCGUUCGCCUCUCCUCCUCCCCGCCGCCCCGUCGCCGGAGCUGCCGCUUACCCCGCCGCCGCCGCCGCCGCCGCCAGGACUCCGACUUCGAGGCACCGGGUGUCCUGCCGCGCCACCUGCCGCGCCCCACCGUCGCCGUCGAUCGCCGAGCUCGAGCCGCUGCCGCGGCGUGGGGAGGGGCCGAGCCUGUACGAGAUCCUGCGGGUGCGGGAGAACGCGUCGGCCCGGGAGAUCAAGGCGGCGUACCGUGCCCUGGCGAAGGCGCACCACCCGGACGCCGCGGGGCGCGACGGCCGGGACUUCAUCGAGAUCCACGGCGCCUACGAGACGCUCUCCGACCCGGCGGCGCGGGCCGUGUACGAUCUGUCCCUCGGUGGGGGGGCGGCCGCCAGCGGCAUCGGCCGCGGCCGCCGGCCGCGGGGGGUCGGCGGGUUCUGCCCGACCCGGCGGUGGGAGACGGAUCAGUGCUGGUGAAAUGCGCAUUGCCCCAAGACAAUCCACGCGCGAUUGAACCCAGAAAAGGGUAAAAAGACGAGAUUUUUUUUUGCACUUUCUCC